AUGGAAGCCAUGCAGGCCCUUAUGGAUCUACGCCAACCGCGGUAUUUCCAUCCACAAAAUGCAGUCCAGACGACGGGCGAGGAAAUUGAUGCUGCGAAUAUUUUAAUGACUUUAUUUUCUCGAGCGACAAGGUUGUCGUCGCCUCCAUCAUCCAUAGAGGAUCCAAAACCUGGACCAAGCACUUUGAAUGCAACUACAAGGCGCUCUUUACGUUGCAACAGGCAUAGAUUAACCAGAUCGAGUAGUCCUAUGCGUUCUGCAAUUAGUAUUAAUCAUUUAAAGUCCCCCACCUCUGACUGCGAGUCUGCAUCGACUUUAAAAAUGAAACCUUUGGGAAACUCGACGCCUAUAAAAAAUAAAAAGAACUCAUGCGGAUAUCUGAACGUUACUUCAAAAACAACAAAUAAAAAUAAAAAGCAGGGUAAUCCAAAACUUGAAGCAAAAUUAACGAAUAUGCACCAAUUAUUACACAUUUAUCAAGACAACUGUGGUUGCGUAGAAGACGACACCAGUGACACUGAGGGUGUUUCAAACGGGCAAUUAAAGAUUGGAAAAGAGAAUUCAGUACCCGAACAUGAUAAGAACGAAUCAAAUGUCAAUGAUUCUGACAGUCAAAUAGGAAAUAAACCAGUGAAGAAUAAUAAAAGUGCACUACGAAAUCGCAAUGUGAACAUCAUCACCAACGAAAAGGUACCAAUUGGAGAGGGCCAUGCAAGAGUGCCAACAAGAUUAUUAAAGCAGAUGAAUUGGUCGUCCUACACAACUGUUACUAGGAAAUUGUUGACGGCCGUUUUCUCGCGCCGAGUUUUGGCGACACAUUCUCUAACUGGGAAACCAUCGCCUGCGUUUCCAAAUAAGCCCGCGAAGAAGAGAUUAAACCCAGAGUUAGUGAAUGAUAUUGUAAUAACUGUCGUAGAGCGUUGUAACGUUCCAGAAAGUGUCGUAAGGACCAGCAUUACGACUAAAUGUGCAGAUGAAAGUAAAAUGUUUCGCACACGUUUACAAAAUAAAGAGAAAAUAGAAAAACUUAACGGCGGACAAAACUUGCUGACCACAUCGGAUUCUGAAUAA